AAAAGAACAACUAACAUGUGUAUGAAACACGAAAAUGGGAAUUUCAAAGGAAGUCUACUGGGUAUUAUAGGGACAGUAACACUUGCCGGAACAGUCACUGCUACACAGAAGAUGUGGAGGAGUUUGCAAGCGCUUGGAGCUAUUGCCUUCGCAUAUUCUUUUUCCAUCAUCCUCAUUGAAAUCCAGGACACAAUAAGAUCUCCUCCCGCAGAACACAAGACCAUGAAGAAACCUACUUUGUUCAGCAUCGCUGUAACGACAGUGUUCUAUAUGCUGUGUGGAGCCAUGGGACAUGCAGCCUUUGGUGAUGAAGCUCCUGGAAAUCUUUUAACUGGAUUUGGAUUCUACAACCCCUACUGGCUGCUAGAUAUUGCAAAUGUAGCCAUUGGUGUCCACCUCGUUGGUGCAUAUCAGGUCUUUUGCCAGCCUUCGUUUGCAUUCAUAGAAAAAUGGAGUGCGCGGAAGUGGGCCAAGAGUAAUUUUGUAACAGCCGAAUAUGACAUCCCUAUCCCCUUCUUUUGUAUUUAUCAGCUUAACUUCUUCCGUCUAAUAUGGAGAACAAUCUUUGUUAUUUUGACAACCCUCAUCUCCAUGCUCAUGCCUUUCUUCAACGAUGUUGUUGGGAUACUUGGGGCCUUUGGAUUCUGGCCAUUGACAGUUUUCUUUCCCAUUGAGAUGUACAUCUCUCAAAAGAAGAUUGCACGUUGGACAAGCAGGUGGAUAGGGCUUCAGAUGAUAAGUAUGACAUGCCUCUGCAUUUCUAUAGUCGCUGCAGUCGGCUCCUUUGCUGGAGUUGUUCUGGAUCUCAAGACUUACAAGCCAUUCAAAACUAGUUAUUAAGAAA